AUGAAUCCCUUCCUCUCCGUCCCCAUAAUCGCGGCCCUCCUUCACCGCGCGUGGUCUCGCAAGUCCCUGACUCCGCUCGGCCUCGCCGCUGCAGCUCUCACAGCUGUCGCCCACGCCUUGAAUCCCUGGUCACUCCCGUUGUUCCUGCUUCUUGUCUUCUACGUCGGCGGUACUAAAGCGACGAAGGUGAAACAUGACAUCAAGGCCCAGCUUACGCUCUCAGCGACCGGUUCCCACGGCGGCGAAGGCGCCCGCACCCACGUCCAGGUUUUCGCAAACUCGAUCGUCGCCAGCGUCCUCAGUCUCGUCCAUGCGUGGGUUCUAGCGAAUAACAAAUCGUUGGACGGUCCGACGGCGGAAUGUUUCUCAAACGGGCGCCAUACGGCGGAUCUACUUGUGGUUGGAAUUAUCGCGAACUACGCUGCGACGGCGGCUGAUACGUUCUCGUCCGAACUCGGGAUUCUCUCAAAAUCUCACCCGCGUCUCAUCAUCUCGCCUACGCUCCGGGUUGUUCCACCAGGUACAAAUGGUGGUGUGACAGGGACGGGUAUUCUCGCUGGCUCAUUGGGCGCUUUCACCAUCGGUCUUACAUCUGCUAUUCUUCUGCCGUUCUGCAGCUCCUUGCUCGACACUGUGCAAGACCGGGUACUCUGGGUCGUUGCGAUGACAGUGUGGGGAACGCUGGGGAGUAUCUUGGAUAGCGUGCUUGGCGGGUUACUCCAGGCUAGUGUCGUCGAUAGGCGGAGUGGGAAGAUUGUCGAGGGAACAGGAGGGCAAAAGGUCCUUAUUCAUCCGUUCUCGACUAAACCCGGAAACGCCAAGGACGUCCUCCCGCCUUCCGGCGGCGCGUCGGGUGCCCAACUCCGCAAUACAGAGGCCGCGGCUAACACCGCCGCGCUCAAGGGGACUAGGGCUACUCGGACAUCGGCGGGGGCAGACGCAGGCGAAGAGGACCACCAUGAAAGCCGCCGUGUGGAGAGCGGAGCGGACAUUUUGGAUAACAAUGCCGUGAACGUGUUGAUGGCGCUGACUAUGAGCGUCGGGGCAGUGGGAGUCGCCGGUUAUAUCUGGGAUUUACCGAUUUCUGAAAUCUUGGCUUAA